AUUUAAAAGCCAAAAGUGGGAUAACUUUCUGGUCAUUUGCUUCUCUUCUCUCUCUACCCCCACCUUCAGACUCUCUCUCUCUUUCUCUCUCUGUUUCUCGGUCUCCCUCUCUCUCUUUCUCUGUGUGUGCAUUGAGAUAUGGAUCAUGGUGUCAAACAUUCAAGAUUUCGAGAUGAAGGUUUGCUGCUGCAGGCAUGCAUUACAGGGGAUGGAAGCGAGUCAGGCAGAGCAAUCACCCACCUCUCUGCGGCCACUAUCAAGAGCUUCAGGGAGUCCAGAUCUUUCCGCCAUUACAGCCUCUCCAGUGCGACAUCUUCACCUGGUUAUAUUCCUAAAGGCCACAUUGACCCGUCAACCUACUCUUUCACAGAGGCCCUAAAAGCCUUACAGCAGGCAAGAUGUGGAUCAGCAAGGGAGAGCAUGGCAUCAAUGAGGUACUUGGAAGGGAGGUUCCUGAACUCAAAGUGGGAUGAAGCAGAGAGGUACAUCUGCAAUCCACUGUCUGGUGAAGUGCCAAUCCAAUGCCUUUCCUCCUCUCUGGCUACCAAGACAUGGGCCGAACAGCGUUCCCGGACAGUGCCAGUCCUAACCAGGACUUUCAAGUCUGCUCCUCUCUCCUUUCCUUCUCAUGGUCCUCAGGAGUCCAAGCCCCUCUCCAUCCCUGCAAUCGAAGAAGUCACUGCUUCAGAAGAAUUGAAGGGAAGAAAUGGGUCACGGAUGAGAGAUGUGGGGACUCAAAUUACUCCACUGGAUUGCAGUUCUAGUAGCCCAAGCAUCACAUCAGCUGCAGUAGAAGAAAAUAGAGCAGAGAGUUUUAGAUUAACUGGGAGGAGAUGUUUCAUUUUUCAUGUGACACCAAAAUCCAAAGCAGCUGCAGAGGGCUUACAGGGAAAACUAGAGAAUUGCAAGAUAUCUGGAGAGAGGAAGGAGAGAAAGGAAGGUGAAGAGAGGAAGGAGACGAAGAAAGUUAGCCCACUCUUGGGAUGGAAGGCGUGGUGGGCCAGCAAGCAUCGGCCAUGGAAGUGGGGAGAGAGAAAAGCCAGAGAGCGGCCACACAAUGCAAAAGCUGGCAAAGAUUCUGCAAUAAUAACCAUACAAGCAACCCUGGAGCUGCAGCAGCAGCAGCAGUAAGGACUAAAGAAAGAGAGAGAGAGAGAGAGAGAGCCCCCUCCACUCCUUGCACCAAGAUCAAUUUGGAUCAGUCAUAUGAGAUCAUGAUGGCCUGUUC